ACGUCUAGCUUAGCACAGUCCAUCCCGGUGUCCCCCCCUCUCUGUUGCGGCCACAGCGAGGGUUUUUUCGUCCUCUCUAACGCAGAUCACUCGCUCGCUGGACGAUGGCUUUGCUGACGCCCUUGUUCGCCUUCCUGUACCACCUGCCGCAGGUGUACAAGUGGCUGCUGAAGCCCUACUAUGUGGCCUCUCUCUUCAUGUCUCUGGCGUUUCUGGCGGUCCGCAAGACCCCCGGCGUGUGCGACCACCUGAGCACCCAGCGAGAGGACGGCAACUCCUGCGACUUCGACUGGAGAGAAGUGGAGAUCCUCAUGUUCCUCAGCGCCAUUGUCAUGAUGAAGAACAGAAGAGCGAUCACGGUGGAGCAGCACGUCGGGAACAUCAUCCUGUUCAGCAAAGUGGCGAACGUGAUCCUGUUCUUCCGCCUGGACGUCCGGAUGGGCCUGCUGUACCUGACGCUGUGCAUAGUGUUCCUCAUGACCUGCAAGCCUCCGCUCUACAUGGGUCCAGAGUACAUCAAGUACUUCAGUGACAAAACCAUCGACGACGAGCUGGACCGAGACGGACGCGUGACGUGGAUCGUUGAGUUCUUCGCCAACUGGUCCCCGGAGUGUCAGUCGUUCGCCUCAGUCUACGCAGACCUCUCCCUCAAGUACAACUGCGCUGGGCUUAAAUUCGGCAAAGUGGAUGUGGGUCGCUACGGAGAUGUGUCAAAGAAGUACCGUGUCUCCACCUCGCCUCUGUCCAAGCAGCUGCCCUCGCUGGUGCUGUUCCAGGGCGGCAAGGAGGUGAUGCGGCGCCCCCAGGUGGACAAGAAAGGAAGAGCUGUGUCCUGGAGCUUCACAGAGGAAAACAUCAUCCGCGAGUUCAACCUCAACGAACUCUACGAGAAGUCCAAGAAGAUGAACAAGACCAAAGGGGACAAAGUGGGCCUGUCGCAGUUCCCCCCCGUCCCUGAGGAGGAGGAGCCAGAGCAAGCGCAGGAAGAGGAGACCAAGAAGGACAAAUGAGAAGGGUUUCCCUGCACAGCCUUCCACUGACUGACCGGUCCUCAGUAGCUCUGAAGCGGCGCGGCGCCGCCGCCAUUGUUACGCUCCAACUAACCAGAGUAGAAUUUCACAAUCACUUUGUUAAAAUGAUUAACUUAUUUCAGUGUUGCAGUCGAGGUGACGCCCCGUCCUUUCAUGCUCAUGUUCCUCAGAAGUUGGAGGCAAAUGAGUGACAUUCCAGUCAGCAGAAUUGUGGGGGCGACCCCUCCAUGGUGAAGGACUGCAUGGAUGUAAAUAUCGCUCAAGUUCCAUGGGGACUGACGUCGAGCUCCCUUUCUUUUCUUAACAUUCCUAACCUGAGUUGCUGUAAAUCUGUUGUGUUGAAUUCCUUGGAGCUGCGCCCGUGUAUGAAUGUCUGCUGGAUUCACCGGCUUUGUUUUACUGCAAUAAACAAAAGGAUGAAGAGAA